CAUAUCGAUAAAAGCUGGUAAACUACAGUAUCAUGUAUCAACUAUAUCAAUGCCAAUUGCCAACAAUCUCAAACUGCUCUGUCAUUGAAGUACGAAGUGCUGAACAUGUCGUCCUUUGACGCAGAUAAAUAUGGAGAGCAAUAGUUUUUCGGCUUUAGAAGCUACAGUCACCAGAAAACUGUUACUCCAUAGUCUAUACAAUAUGCGGCUAGUGUUCUCUGCUUUCAAACACUAAAACGUCUGAGUACACCAAACGCGGUGGAGUUCAUCUCAAAAAAGUUUACGUCAGCUUAAACGGGAAUUUGUCGUGUAUUCUUAUGGAAAUGACGGAUAACGGUAUCAGCGAUUCCGGUGUAGUCGAGGAAAUUGGCAGCAGUAUCCAGUACCGCUACACCAAAACGGAUUUUAUUGGCCGGGGAACGUUUGGAAUAGUUUACAAAGCCAAAGUCAGAAAAUCAGUUUUUCGAUUUCGCGCUCCGCCGGAGCCAGAUUUCGUAGCCGUCAAAGUGAUGCACCUUGCUAUCAAUUCCGAAACUAUUGCCAAUCAGGAAAACUGGAUGAGAGUGGCGAAAAGACUGAGACAACUUACUGAACUGAAACACAAUCAUCUCGUGCUUUAUCACAAGGUUUCCAUCACCAAAUCUUCCGGCGGUGUGACAGUGGAAUUGGCAAUGGACUAUCAUAAAGGUGAUCUUGCGUCGUUUUUAAGGGAAGCUAAGGAAAACGCAACCCUUUUGAACAACUGGGAAAAAGUGAUCCGAUUCGCAGGGGACAUGACCCAAGGACUUGAAUUCCUCCAUCAAAACGGCAUCAUUCACGGCGAUUUGAAGCCUGAAAAUAUACUUCUAAGCGUUUCGCGAAAUGGCAGCGAAAAACUGGUGAUUGGCGGUUUGGACGAUCUGGUGCAAAUGAAAGAAAGCGCCACCUGCUCUGCAGACAUUUCCCAGUUACGAGGAACAACGCGCUAUAUGUCGCCGGAAAUGCUGAGGAAGUUCUCCCAACAAGAAGCGGCGCGACCAGGACGAAAAACGGAUAUGUGGAGUCUGGGCUGCAUCAUUCUGGAGAUGGCCGAAAGCUGUGUGCGGGGCGCGCCAAAAUUUGAGGGGCAUCUGUGUCGCCCGUUAGCGGUAACAGGCAACAAAAUUGUAGCUGCGGGAAGGACACGUUACGGUGACGUCAAAAAAAUCAAAUUCCAUUUGUGGAAUGUCGACGAGGGAACCUGGGGUCAACACGAGCUAGAUCCUUCUUUGGAUAUAUAUCAGCAUACAAUGGUAACUGCGGUAGAGGACAAGGCUUACUUCUUUGCCACUACCGGAAUCUUUACAGAAGUGAACAUGUCUACAUGCAAAAUUGCACCUUCAACUCAACCAAAUCAAUGCCCUGCUACCUUUCUACGAGCGGCGGCCACAUGCCGUGAGCGGAUAUUUUAUGCCACUGACAGCCGCCUCUUGCAGUAUGACACGGUGAUCAAGGAAUGGAAGUACUUACCAGAUCGGCAACAACGGCGCUUCGAUUUUGCAAUGGCUGUGGUCAUCGGACACGUAUACAUUAUGGGCGGAAAGUUUUGGAACGACGCUGCGCUGAACUAUACUGCAACAGCUGAGUGUAUUCGUUUGAAACUGGGUAGCACAACGUGGGAAAAGAUUGAACCACUUCAUCAGCCCAGAUUCUGGCAUGCUGCUUGUGUUGUCAAGGAUCGAAUAUACAUCUGCGGCGGUAGGCAUACUGGAAUCAGGAAGGCCGUUACGAUAGAGGUUUACGAUACCAGAGCCGACGCAGGUUGGUCGACUGUCAAUUUGUCCCCGAAGGAUAACGAACAAUUUGCAGCCUCGCUGGCUGAAUACAAUAAUUUGUGGGGUACACGUGCCUUCACGGUUUCCGUCAAUCGUUACAGUACCACAAGUUACAAUAAAGAACGCAAACUGCAACCAAUUGAACCCGAAGUAAACUUCGUCCACCUAUUUAAUCGGUGUAAACGCAUUGGUGGUUGUUUGAUUACUGAUGCUAACCAAACGGAAACGGGAUGCAAUGCGCUCCCCCGCUCUCGAUCGCCAGCGCCCGUCGUUUUCGCAGUGGAAAUCUGGUCGCAACCGGCGUUCUUCUCGGCCGCCGAGAAUAACGCCGGCUGCGACCAGACCUGCUCGUUGACGUCAAAGCAGCGCUUCUUCCUGCAGCCAAUGAGAUCCAUCCGCAUGCGAAUAUCCAGCGCAAUGAAAACUAUAAAGACUCUGGAGGAGAUCACACAAGGGCAAAAGGGAGAACUGCAAAGUCUGAGACAAACCCUGGCUGACAUGGAGAUCAUUAAAGCAAGUCAAGAAACAGCUGCAGAAAAGCUGGACAUUUACCAUGGCACAAGUGCUCAACCAAAUCAGAAUGAAAUUAGAUUUCAUGUGUUUGAGCGAAUGAUCGAUCAGCUCUUCCAAACAUACGAGCCCCAGGUGGAUGCAUCCAGUUUCCAGGCGCUGUCCGAUACAACCUCCUUGUGGCUCGAAGAACAAUGCAGUCCCUCCAGCAUCAUGGCCUUGACAAAUGCAGUUUUGCGUGAUUGCCAGUGA